UUUUUUCGCACAAAAUGGCGGCAAGUCCGUGCCUUUUGCUUUUUGCUGCUAUUUUCCCAACGGUUUUGGGGCAGGAACUUCACAUUGAUGUUGCUAUUGGAGAAACUGCCAAGUUUCCGUUAAGGAGCUUCACCAACUUUGAUGACAGAAAAAUGCUAGGUCUGGCACUGGUGAAUGACACAGUCACGAUUGAACUUGUGACAUUGGCAGCAGGAGCACCAGUACAAAAUGCGAUCAUACAUGCGAAGUGGCAGGGCCGCCUGUCUCUGUUAGAGGGACCAGAUGGAACAGUAGCUGAGCUGAGUAAUGUUCAACCCAGCGACACUGGUAGAGAGGUGUACUACCAGUAUCAACAGACACAUGGCCCCGAAGGACAAGGAGCAAAAAUGUAUGUCAACAUCAAAAUUCCCCCGCCAGCUGUGUCUUCAUUCAGCAUCACUAAUGCUGGAGAAGAUUAUGUUAACAUCACCUUGGAGCAGGUGAAACCUUACGACUCUGCACCAGUCGGGUACCGCCUGGAGUAUAGAGAGGCCGCCACCAGUCAAAUAUAA